GUUUUGAAGCAUUUGAUUUUCUCUAUAAAUAGCCGCUACUUCAUCGAUCUGGAUUUCAUACCAAGAUCUGGAAGAAUAUAAUUCGGCGUCCGUACACGCAAUUCUCAUUUUUCUUUUUCUUUUCCGGGAAAAAAAAUUUGUUUUUUCUUUUUAUUGUUUUUCCUCUGAUUUUUUUGUUCCUUUGAGAGGAAAAAGAAUGGGCACGGCGAUUCUACGAUCUCAGGACUGCUUGCAGUCUCGGUUUCAACACGAAACCCUAAUCCUAAGCCAUUCCGUCAGAUCGCGCCGGAAACCUAGUUAUUCUUACCCGACUAGCACUGGCGAUGCCUCAAAAGGCGGUGAUGUUUCGCAGUCCCGACGGCGAAAGCGGAGCCCGGUUGGGUUGCAAUCCAGUCCGCCACAACAACAACUAGAUCGUGAACGUAAUCGGUUUGCAGAUCGGUCUAUGGAGGCGAGGGUUCCGGCGAAGAAUCUCGUUAUGGGCCAGGUUAAGAUCCUGAAGCGCGGUGAGACGUUGAGCGUGAGCCCUGUGAAGAAUAAUAAUCGAGGAGGUGGACUCUCGGGUGAGAAUAAUAGGAAGCCGAGGGCGAAAAGCGAGGAGGAUUUGGAUUUGGUGUUGGGAUCGACGGAUCGUUUGGGUCCUGACCCGGAAAUGGUGCAGAAACAGAUUAGGGUUGCCGAAUUCAAGGUUGUGGAUGGGGUUUAUGCCGGAUCGGCGGCUUUUUAUUCUUCGCCGCCACCGAGCUCGGUUCCGCUGCCGGCUUUUCUAGGCAAGAACGGCGCCGCGACCAGCGAUUUACGUCGGAUUUUGGGGCUCGAUCUGGAUUGAUAACGGGCUCGAAGAGUCAACGAAAUGGAAAAAUGGAACUUUAUCGGUUUAGCAUCUGUGCUUUUUGAUCUUUGAUCGAAACAGGGGAAUUGAAUGCUCCGCUGUCGCUGCCUUGUUGUUUUUCGCUCUCUCUAUUAUCUUCCUUUAUUUUUUCAAGGGGAAGAUUAUUGAGUGCUAGCAGAUUAAAUUUCUUUUUAGUUUCUUUAAAAUUUAGGGUUUUUUUUUUUUUCCCUUUAUAUUUUUUUUUUGGGGGUUAAAUUUCCAGAAGAAUGAAGAAUGAAGAAAAAGAAGAAGAAGAAUAGAAAGCUUAGGGUUGUGUAUAUUCUUGUAGCCUAAUGUGGGGUUGAUGUAGCGGCAAUUAAAGGAGAUGUAUGUGUGGGUUGAUUUUUACAUGGGAAGUUGGAUUUGAUUAUUUAGAUUUCUACAUGUACGCACUUAGUGUUUGGAGAUGGUUUCGUAUUCUAAUCAGUUUUAAGCACUGUACUUUGUUUUUUUUUUUUUUUUUAAUUACAUUUUACUGGAAUAAAAGCCUAGAUUACCAUUUCUUUUC